AUGUGGGUAAAAUUGCUCUCUGUAGUUGCAGAAUUUUGUUUUUCCCCUUUCCUAGUUACUGAUCAAGAGACAGCUUCAGCUGCCCUGGAGACAAGCUCUCCAUCCUCUCAAGACCCUCAGCAGUCCACUAGUACUGUUGCAGUAAUGGAAGAUUCUAGUACAUCAGAGAUUGACAAGGAAGAGGAAGAACAAACCACUCAAGUCUCUCACUUGGCCACUGAAGCGAAUCGCCAGUUUGUGGGACUGACGAGGAAGAAGAGCGGCAUCCUGCUGCUGACCCUCGUGUCCUUCCUCAUUUUCAUUCUCUUCAUCAUCGUCCAACUCUUCAUCAUGAAACUUCGGAAAGCACACGUCAUAUGGAAAAAAGAAAAUGAAAUUUCAGAGCACACUCUAGAAAGUUACAGAUCGAGGUCAAAUAAUGAAGAAACAUCAUCCCAAGAGAAAAACAGCCAAACUUCCCGCUCUAAGAGCUGCAUGAACUACAUCACACAGUUGUACUCAGAGGCAAAAACAAAGACGAAGGAAAAGGCACAACCUUCAAAAUUAAAAGGAGAGCUCACUCAUAUACCAGAGAGCAUCGUGUAG